AUUAAUCUGAUGGCAAAAUAAACCCUUUUUAUUUUAAUGAAACAAAACCGGAGGAGGAGGAAGAAAAGAAAGAUCAGUAAUCUUGUAAGCCUCCAUCUCAGGGAUUUUGGGAGAUCUUCAGGUCCUUUUCCCCACUUUUGCCUUCCCGCUAAAACGAAGUUCGGCCGCCUGGGACGCGCAUAAUCACCAGCACUCGGAAAGGAGAUUCUCUCCCCGUCGUUGUCUGGUUGGAGCGGAGCGGAGCGGAGAGGGAGAUUUCUGGGCUUCACCGCCCUCUGGCCGUUGAAAUCCAUGAUCGGCAGCGCCCUAUGGACCCUUCCCAACCGCACGCCCAAUCUCCGAUCAAUGAUGAAGACGAUGAAUGGGACACCGAUGGGUUCGUGAUUCCAAGCUUAGAAAUAGAUAGCAGAGAUCAAUCCACAAAGAAUGAUUCGGAAGCAGAAAUCCCCGAACCUCCUCCUCCGAAGGCAAGUUUUAAAACAGCCCUAUUCGUUCAGGGUGAAAGGGAAGAAGAGCAGAUUUACUUAGGCCCGCACGGUGCACCACCUUCUCAAGCAAAGCAGCAGCAGCAGCAGCAGCAAGAAGUGAACUCAUCCAGCCGCAAACAAAGAUUUAAGCAGACGCUGAAGGACGCUGAUAAGAGGAUCAGCAGAACAGGGCGGGAGAAUAAGUUGGAGAAUCUGCGGGAACUAGUUGGUGGCGGCGGAGGAGGGAAAGCAGGCACCAAGAUGCAGCAGCAGCAGCAGAAGAGCUCUUCUCCUAAGGAAUGGCUGGACCCUCAUUGCCAUGAAUCCCAGUUUGAGAAGUGGCAUCCACAGUGAACUCUACAGUUUGUUUGAAGAUUUAACAAUCCGUUAGAAACAUCAGCUUGUCCUGGCCAUGCUUGUUGACAACGAUAUUAAUAAUCAUUUAGCUGAACCUUGUUGAUGCUGGUUUUAUUGCCC